AUGAAGACUACGUUAGGGUUUCCGAGCAUGAGGAGCUUGGAUCAUCUGAAGCCACCGUCGGGAUCCGGGAAGAGCUUCUCGUUCUCCUCGUCGCGGCCAGCUUCCGAUCAGAUGUCCUUGGGAAACUUCACGAAUCCGAAGCUUGGUGCAGAGAAGUUAGUGAAGGAGCAAUUGUCGGCGACAAUGGAGCUGGAAACGGCGAACAAUAAGCUUAAGAAGUGGAUCGAGAGUGUCCGUUCGCUGGAGGAAAAGUUGCAGAACGCGUUUAAUGAGAAUCUAAAGCUGAAAGAGGUUGCGAAGCUGUGGGAAGGAUUGGAGUCUAGGUUUGCUUCAACGAAAUCGUUCUGUGAUCAACAACUCUGUGCAAGUUUAGGUCAAUUAUCUGGACAGGUUGAGCGUGCUGAAAAGGACAAGGAGUUUUUUCAGGGCAAACUAUGUGCAAGCUCGAAUGCUAUUGACAAGUUGAACAUACAACUCAAUGAUCUGUCUCUGAAAUUGGCCUCCGCCGAGGGAACUGUUACAAUGCGAGAGAAGGAACUGGCAGAUCUUAGAACUGAAAAGGAGGAAAUUAGUAAGGUUUUUGUAGAGGAAAAGGGGAGACUUAGUAAGCUGAUUGAGGAUCAAGAUGCCAUACUGAAGCAGUUUGAAGUAUCCCUGGCAGCAAAAAGUUCAGACAUGGAGUGUCUGAACUCUAAAUUGGAAAGCAUGCACCUUGAAUUGAAGCUAAAGGAAGAUGAGAUAAAUAAUUCAUACAUUGCAGCCCAGAACUUGAGGGAAGAAAAGAGUAAACUCCAUCUGAGCAACGAGAAAUUGGAUAAUGAAUUGGCUACAGCACUUCAGGAGAUCAGGAAGGUCGAGAGUUUUGUUCAUGUGCUGACUGCUCAGUUAGUGGAACUGGACAAGCAAAGUUUGAGUUUCACUGACAGCUAUAGUCGCCUGAGCUCGCUCUAUGAUGCUUCCAUUGAGUUGAUACAACGAGAGAGAGCCCUUGUUUCCAAGCAUGCUAAAAAGAAGUAUGAUACACUCCACAACAAAUUCUUGGGAACAACAUCUGAAAAGGAGGCAGUGCAACUGACAAAUAAGGAGCUGAAAUCUAAGAUCCUUGAACUCGAGAAAGCACUGGAUUCUCUCAGGGAAAGGCUUGCUGAGGAGCAGGGGUCUGCAGUUGAUAAAAUUAACGAGCUGGAAUCUGAGACUGAAGCACUACUCUUAAAGAAGGAUGAGGCCGAGAGGCUGGUUUCACAAUUAGAAGAGAAAAUCGGUGUUUUAACUGAAAUCUCAAGGUCAUCUGAGAAUGAAAUGAAAGAGCUUCUGCUGAAAAUGCCCAAGUUGGAAGAGGAAUACAGAGGCAACACAGAACAGUUACAGGGAGAGCUACAAAAGAAGGUAGAAGAAUAUGAAAGUCUUCAGAAGGAAACUCAGAAACAUGACCAAGAAAUAGAUUUUUUGGCGAAGAAAGUUGGUCAAAUUCAGAAUAUAGUACAAGAGAAGGAAGAACUUCUUUUGCAAGUCAAAGAGAGGGAGAAGAAUUUGGAAGAUCAAAUCAACGAGAAUCAGGCAUCAUUGACAGCAGCUGAAAGCAGAUUGGCAGAAGUAAAGAAGCAAUAUGAAAUGAUGCUUGAGAGUAAACAACUGGAGCUGUCAAAACAUCUGAACGAAAUUUCUCAUAGGAAUGAUCAGGCAAUUACGGAAAUCCGGAAGAAGUAUGACGAAGAGAAGCUGGAAAUCAUUAACACAGAAAAGGAAAAGGUGAGCAGACAACUACAGGACAUGGAAAGAAACUGCAACCAGAAACUUUCGGAACAGAAGGAAGAGUCGAAGCAGCAGCUUGUGCGUAUUCAAGAAGAGCAUGCUUCAAAGAUUCUACAGAUCAAGGAGGACAAUGACAAGAAGGAAAUUAGUCUUGAAGCUCAUCACAUUGAGGAGCUGAAGCUUGCCGAAUCUGAAGCUAUGCAUGUAGAAAGAGAGAAAAUAGCGGCACUAAGAAGUGAGCAUGAGGCUCAAAUGAAAACUUUGAGAAGCCAGUAUGAAGAUGUGCGCAGGAAGCUACAGGACGAGUUGGAUCUCCAAAAGGACAAGGAAGACAAGCAGAGGGCUCUGCUGGAGAUGCAGUUGAAAGUGAUGAGUAACAAGCGAGGAGAUGAUCAAGACGUGAACUUUAACAAGGAACACUCCGUUUCAUCAGUCCAGAUGUUAGAUCACCGAAAGAUCCGAAAAAGUCCAAGAUCACUGGCAAGGCCAGAGACUGCUAAGAGAGGAAAUGCAAUGGGUAUCCCCAUGCAUCCCAAGAAGGUCACCCGUCCAGAGUACGAGGUUGAGACUGCCGAUGGCAGAACAAUUUCCAAGCGCAGAAAGACGAAAAUUACAGCUGUGCUCGAGCGAAUCAAGGGCGCUACUGCUACCCCGCUGCAUCGUCCUUCGAACAUAGGAGACCUGUUCUCCGAAGGAUCGCUGAAUCCAUAUGCAGACGACGAUCCCUACGCUUUUGUUUAG